GGAAGAAGUCAAAUCUCGCGAGGUUUACUCAAAAACAAAAGCGGGAUCCCAAACAGCAAUGUCGGUUAGGGAAAGACAAGCAAACGCGACGGCUGUCGAGUUGGACCCGACGGAGGACUUGUCUGCUCGAGUUCUUCUAAAACAUAUUAUCAGCACCGCGCCACACAGCACUCCCGUCACCCGCAGUGUCUCCAACGAGCAGAGCAGCUCAUUAAGAUGCAUCACCAGAUCGAGAACCAGAGCUGGGCGUGCACAAACGCCGCAGAACAUCUUAAGGGACAGUAUGAAGCGUAAGCUGCGUGAGAGCAUAUCCAGGCGAUCACUGCCACCUACAAAAAGGACAACUGCCUCGGCAAUGCUGAAAAAGGCAAACACGCCAGCCUCAUCCUCCUCAUUGUUGGAUGAGGGGGACACGCCGAGGCACAUUCUCGAAAAUAUCCUGCAGACAGAUGCAGUCAAGCCACUUGUGGUUCAUGAGGAAGCUUCGCCUGUGGCACCGCAGCUGACUUCAGCAGACUCCAGCCUCGUCGACAAACAUCAAAGAAUUGAGAUUUCUGAGUUGGAUCUGGCCAAUCUAACGUUUGGCAAUGUAGCGAGCAUGGCAAAGGGACUGAAGAGAAAGAGACCACGUCGCAGCCUCAACGUUACCGCCUUUGAAGAGCGGCUCAAACAAGGCCAUGAUGAUGCUGAAAAUGAAGAGGACAAAUCAGCGCAAGAUGAUCUGUCGCUUUCUUUGUCAAACGUCACUUCACUUGGGAUUGAUCGGACUGAGAAAAAAGGGCUGCGGAGAAGAGUUUCUUACCAUCAGAAAAUCACAGAAAAUGAGUUUGGUGACGCUGUAAAUAAGAUGAAUUUAGAUCAUGGAGGGAGCCGCUCUGUGCAGGGGGAGCCUGGACCCAGCGAGGCCACCCAUGCUGACACCGUCACUCUGGGUCUAAGCAAGUGGGACGAAUUUGAGGUCACCAAUGAUAUUAUCCACUGCAACACCGCCCUCUACCCCCAGCCGGAUUCUGCCGCCCCCGACCUCUCCGUAAGCGCAAUGCAGGACAAGUCCACUGUCAUGGCGUCUCAGCUUCAGAGGGUGCUGGAGAAGGGCGGGCAGAGACUUCUGGAUGUGACAGAGAGCCAGAAGAGGAGAACCACUGCUGAUUGUGAGGAAGAGGCAGUGAUUUCCAAAUCAAAGGAUGGAACGGAAUUGGAGUCUGAGGAAGAGGGCAACAAGGAAGGAGAGGGAAUUGCAGUUGAUUCGCAAAUUGAAGAGGUGCCUGCAGCCCUCCUUGAAGAAGAGGAAGAUCCAGCCACAUCUGAAAAAGAGGAGGCUGCACCCCCAACUGAAGAGGGGGAGGACGUAAUGACAUCUGAAGAAGAGGAGGAAGACGCAUUGAUAUCCAAAGAGGAGGAGGCUGCAACCCUACCUGAAGAGGAGGAAGAUGCACUAUGUGAAGAGGAGGAAGAAGCAUUGAUAUCUGAAGAAGAGGAGGAAGAUGCAAUGAUAUGUGAAGAAGAAGAAGAGGGGGCUGCCAUUGACUCUAAGACUGAAGGUGUAGUUGAUUCUCAUUCCGAAGAGGACGCCGCCGCCGGGUCUCAGUCCGAGGAAAAAGACGUGGCUGAAGAUGAGAAUGAUGGACGGCAGGAGGAAGGAGAGGAGGAGGAGGAGGAGGAGGAGGAGGAGGAGGAGGGAAGGAAUCACGACGUGGAAGACAUCGAGCAGCUAGCUCGGCGAUCUUCGGGUGCUCUCGUGGUGCCUGUUCCAGAGGAUGACGCCACGGAGCCUGGCGGGUCAGAGGUCGAGAACAGAACCCAGAGAGCAAGCAAUUCCGGCUUUGAAAGUGGUCCAGACAUCGAUCAGGACUUAUCGAGACCCAGGGAGGAAGAGGCUUCUGAUAUCGGGGAAGAGCCCGAUCCCCAUGACCUGAACUCUUUUCAUCUUCUGAGGGUGAGCAACGCCGAAGGACACAGCGAUCAGCCUGAAGAGGCGCCCGCCGUCGAGGUUGCGGACCCCACCGAACUUGAGGAAGAGUCGGAGGAAGACGACGACCAAGGUUCCGACGAAAUCCCCAUGAAGACUCCAGCAUUCGUUCGAGAGAAAAGGAAGACUUUUCAAGUCCCCUAUCCAAUCUUGCCCACAGUUUUCAAGCCUCAGGCUAAUAGUUCAACUGAAGCCGUACCUCCAGUCAAACCAAAGCGGGUCAGAAAGCGGAGAAGUGGAGGAGCGCAAACGAUGGACGGUGGUCUUCCUAAGAACUACCUUAUGAGCACGUUUAGGCACUUUGCCAAAGCCAAGGUCUCUGCGGAUGUUUACCCCGUCAUAAAAGAGACAAUUGAUAAAUUCCUCGAGCGGAUGGCGGACGACCUGGAGACGUUUGCUGUUCACGCCGGGAGAAAAACCAUCGAGGUUGAAGAUGUCGAUCUGCUGUUGAGAAGGCAGGGUCAUGUGAAUGACAAGGUGCCUGUGGAAGUGCUGAUUGAAAAAUACCUUCGCAUGGACCAGCGCAAGCUCCUCAUCCCCAUAGCAACCAGCGGGAACGUAGUCAUCCCAAAAAUGAAGAAGAGAUGAAUUAUGAACGGAGUUUUCUCCAUGUUCGUAAAGCCUUCAUCUUGUACAUGCCAUUAGAUUCACAGUGUGAGAGUUCUUGUUAAAUGUAACAUUUUCCAAUAAAGUAUUUAACCGUCA